GUCGCCAAUAGCGAUCUCCAAGCUCGGGAUGUGGCUGUGGAGACAACAGUGCAGACUGCCCGGGAUCAACAAGUUGAACUUGAGCGGAAGCUGGAGCGCAGUCGUGCAGACUUCGAGGCCUGCCAGGCACAGCUGAUGCAGCUACAGCAAGAACACAGCAGCUUGCGGCAGCAGCAUACAGAGCUGCAACAAAAAAUGGAGGGAAUCGAAGCA